CGCAGGCGUGGGCGGGGCUCUGCGUCUGCGCCGGCCAAUAGCAGCGCAGCGUCGGUCUAUGUCCCAGCAAGCUCCAUGGGGGGAAAAAAACUCGAGAGAGGAGACGAAUAACGGUACACACUCCAAUAUUUAUGGAGCAGACCCCCCCUUAUACCCGCACCGCAUCUGCUCUCGUGAUGCACACGUGAAUACAUGUGUUGGGAACGGACGCGGUGAACGGCGUGUCGGGGGCUGACGGAAAACAAGCGGUCCACCAUUGUCUGCGUAGAAAUAAGAAUGGCCUGGAUGUGGAAGAGGAAGUCGUUGAUCGCCACCAGUCUGAUCGUGGCGGUGUCGCUCUUCGUGGUCGUGGUGAACUACUCGGAGAAGCCCUACUCCCUCCUGCAGCCGGUGUUCGGCCAGACGUUCAGCAGCCACUGGAUCUUCUCCAAGCAGCCGUACAAGGCCUUCAAGCCUCACCUGGGCUAUGUUAGCAUCCCCAAGCAGGAGCCUCUGAAGCUGCACUGCGAGCUCUGCAGCAUCGUGUCCAGCUCUGGCCAGAUGUUGGGCCAGGCUGCCGGCCCGCAGAUCGAUCGCUCUCCCUGCAUCUGGCGGAUGAACAACGCUCCCACGCGGGGCUUCGAGCGCGACGUGGGCCAGCGGACCACGCUGAGAGUCGUGUCGCACACCAGCGUCCCCCUGCUGCUGCAGAAGCCCCAGUAUUUCUUCGGCCAGGCCAACGACACCGUCUACGUCGUGUGGGGGCCGCUGCGGAACAUGAGGAAGGAUGGGAAGGGCAUCGUGUACAACAUGCUGCGACAGGUGUCGGAGAACUACCCUCAUGCACGCAUCUACGUCACCACAGAGGACAGGAUGAACUACUGCGACAUGGUCUUCAAGAAGGAGACGGGGAAAGACCGGAUCCAGUCGGGCUCCUACCUCAGCACGGGCUGGUUCACGCUCAUCCUCGCCAUGGACAUGUGCAAAGAGAUCCAUAUCUACGGCAUGAUAAAUGACACCUACUGCAAGACGGAGGGCUACAGAAAGGUUCCCUAUCACUACUACGAGGCGGGCAGUCGGGACGAGUGUGCAGAGUAUCUGCUCCAUGAGAGCGCCCCCUACGGCGGGCACCGCUUCAUCACUGAGAAGUCUGUGAUCGCCAAGUGGGCCAAAACUCACGCCAUCAAGUUCUUUAACCCACCUUGGCAGCUGUCGUGACCCUGGUUGAACAGACAUGGAAAUACUACACUGUCAUCGUCAUUAUCAUCAUCAGCAUCAUCUGGGGACCAGCUGGAUCGCUACACUGACAGAAAGCGUGUUCCCUAAUGUGCACAAACAUCCGUUUUGGCACAAGUUCCACUUCAUACCCAUUAAAGAACGGUUGGUUGAUGGCUGCUUGUCAAGUCCUGGAUGGCUAAUAUCCAGGAAGUGCUUGUUUGUUUUUUAGACGGCCACUCAAACAGACCUAGACAGCAAAAACAUAUCUCCAGUGGCCAAAAGUGCACAGCGCGCCGCUCUUUUACUGACUAAUCGAUCCACUCGCUGCUCUGUGAGUUUAGCAAGAGGAUGGCUCGAAGACUAGCUUUGAAAGAAAAGAAAAAAACUGAGAAACAACAGGAUGUAUCGACCAUCUGUCAACUUUCAGUGACCUCAGCCGCUCACAUGUCUGCAGGCGCUGUGCAUCGCAGAGGCUGAAUUAAAAUGAUUUUCAGGACUGAAGAAGAGCUGCUGCAGAGACGAGUCUCGUUGCCAUGGACGCCUGACAAGCUCGCCUACUCUGUUUCCUCCGCGUGUCCGUCUUCUUCUGUCAGGCUGUAAUUAAUCCAUAACGAGUAUCAUUCAGGCCUUCAUCUCUGACUGAGGGAUUAUUGAGGGCAGGUUUUCAUUUCUCCGCCUACAAAACCUUCAACAAACAAGGUCAUUUGAAAAGAAAAACACGGCGAGGAAAACUAUUUCAGUGAAACUGGAAGGUUGAUUAGAGUCGUGGAAGUAAAUCAGCUUUUUUAUCUUCGUGCUCGGUUGUUGUGCUGUGUGUAAACACACACAAUUUAAAGAUGUCAACUUUUUCUUUUCUUUUAUAAUGCUGUGAAAAUCAUGUUUUGGCUUGAUGUCCGGAUAGGUUGCUAAUUUAUUCUGCAGAGAUAAGUUGCUAACGCUCUUUAACAGUGUGCUAUUGACAAUGUGAGCAUCGCAGCACAUAGAGCGAUGUGCAAUUACAAACUCCAGACUCACGGAAAGGAUCAUUUGUGAGCCCACGGAGGGAGAGAUUUAUGUGUGCAGUGAAACCAUAGGAAGUUAAUUGUAUUCUAUUAUCAUUUUGUGCCUGCAAUAUACUCUGCAGUUCAUUGUAUAGAGACGGAGGAGCAUGCUCUCUCUCUCUCACUCGAUCAUAUUCUCAUCCAGCUUUGUGCCUCUUUGUGUACAGUAUCACUGUGUGAACACAUCUUCCCAUUCGUCUUUGAACGCAGCGUGUCCUGGUUCAGGCCGUUACAUUUGAAUGCAUCUGUUCCAGCACACUGAAGAAUAAUCAGUGAGGUGUGUAGCCUGGCUGGUAGCCGUGGAGGGCUGAGACACUCUGGCUGUGACCGUGAC